UCAACAUGCCUAUGCAAAAAGAUCUCGAACAAAUUCACAAUGAACUUCAACAAAUCUUGAAAGAAAGCAGAAGUCUAACUCAAAAGAAAAAAUAUUCUUCUGAAGAAAUUCAAGGGUUACAAGAAAGACUCUCAAAGAUUGAUGCUCAAUACAAGGAAGGCAUCAUUGAUGACCGUAACAAGAACGAUGCUAACGAUGACCCUUAUGAACAUGAUGGUCAAGCUCAAGUAGCUGAUGAUUUAGCCAAAGUUCAUCAAACCUUGUCUCAGUUAUUGGAUCGUACUGAAUAAUAAUAAUAAAAAGUGGUUUAUUUCUUAGCA